UUUACACGUUUUUCACCGGAUGUAGUGGGUCUGCUGCUAAGUUAGCUUGCCAUGCUAGUUCGCGUAGAACAUUAUCGACAACAUUCCUCGUCGGAUCAUUUAGCCAGCCGAAUAACAACUCCGACUCCGGCUCGUUUCCCAAAAGUUUUGGUUACGGGCUGGAGGAAGCAGACAUGGAGGAGAGCCCAGUGUCAGCUGAAAAGCCGAGGAUACUGCUGAUGGGACGGAGACGCAGCGGAAAGUCGUCCAUUCAGAAGGUGGUUUUCCACAAAAUGUCACCCAAUGAGACUUUGUUUCUGGAGAGCACCAACAAAAUCUACAAGGAUGACAUCUCCAGCAGCUCCUUUGUCAACUUCCAAAUUUGGGAUUUUCCUGGCCAAGUGGAUUUUUGUGACCCGACAUUCGACAGCGAAAUGAUUUUCAAUGGAACAGGCGCAUUGAUCUUUGUCAUUGACGCUCAGGAUGAUUACAUGGAGGCUCUUGAAAAGCUGCAAGUAACCGUGUCAAGAGCCUACAAAGUAAAUCCUGAUAUCAAUUUUGAAGUGUUCAUCCAUAAGGUCGACGGCCUUUCAGAUGAUCACAAAAUAGAAACGCAAAGAGACAUUCAUCAGAGGGCUAACGAUGAUCUAGCUGAUGCUAGCCUUGAGAAGGUUCACCUCAGCUUCUACUUGACCAGCAUCUACGACCACUCCAUAUUCGAGGCCUUCAGCAAAGUAGUCCAGAAGCUCAUACCUCAAUUACCGACGUUGGAGAACCUCCUAAACAUUUUCAUAUCUCAUUCCGGGAUCGAGAAGGCCUUCCUUUUCGAUGUGGUCAGCAAGAUUUACAUCGCCACAGACAGCUCUCCAGUGGACAUGCAGUCAUAUGAGCUCUGUUGCGACAUGAUCGAUGUUGUCAUCGACGUUUCUUGUAUUUACGGACUGCUGGACGAUGGAAGCGGCUGCGCUUAUGACAAGGAGUCUUUGGCCAUCAUCAAACUUAACAACACCACAGUGCUUUAUUUGAAAGAGGUCACCGAGUUCCUCGCGCUCGUUUGCAUCCUCCGAGAGGAGAGUUUUGAGAGAAAAGGUCUCAUCGAGUACAAUUUUCACUGUUUCCGAAAAGCUAUCUGCGAGGUGUUUGAAGUUUCUGCCUCCAACCAAAGCGCCGUUCUCAAGAGAUCAAACUCGUCAAGCAGCAGCCUCAAAUAUGCCGACCUCAAUGGGAGUGGCAUCUAAAUAUAAAAGCAAAAUGCUAUGAGCUCCUCGUUUUGGCACCUUGUUAAGUGACAGGUUUGUCAAAAUUCCAGGUAACACAUACAUGGCAUAUAUUCUUGCUGUCGUCUUAUGUGUUCCUACUCAGGCAUUUUUUUGUGCUUCGUGUCAUAUUUGUGGGACAGCUGAGGUGCUUCUCAUCGUUUUUUUUUUUUUUUUAAUAUAUUUAACCUUGAAGACUUGUACGGUGUUUCCUAAGAAUACAGGUCUUUACAUUUACAUUUUCUAAGGCCAAAAAU